CACCCAGAGGGCCAUAGUUUGCCCAUGCCUGGUCUAGCUGCAGCAAUUCACUCUGUGACUGAAUAUAUUUUAAGUUUGUGUGCAGCCUUAGAUACUGGACUAAUUUUACUGUUUGGGGUUUGGAGUAUUCCCUUGAGGGCCCUGUUUUCUUGGAUGUCCCUCUGUGCCUACUGCUAAGCAGGCAAUCCCAGCACCUCUUUGGGGAAUGGCUUCCAAUGUCAAGAUGUUCCUUGUAACGUUCAGUCAGAAUCUGUCCUUCUGUCACUUCAAAAUAUGAGGCCUGGUCCUCUUUUCUGUGGCAACCCUUGAGGAUUAUAAAGAGGGCAAUCCCUUCAUCAAGCUGAAUAUGACCAACCUUUUAGUUUGUUUCUUCUCUCUCCAUGCCUCUUCUCAUCCUUGUUGCCUGCCGGUAUAGUAAAAUGAAGCGUCCAUAUCUGAACGCAAGACGCUAGACAAGGCUUGAUCAAGUGCAGAAUUAUGGGAGACGAUUGCUUCUCUUGGCUUGGAAAGGACAGUUCUAUUGAUGUAGUCUAAAAUAGCCUUUUUCCUUUGUUUUCAUGUUCUCCUCAGUUGUUUGGCCUCAGCUCAGAGACUGGAGUGUUGGCUUAAGGAGCGCAGCCCAUGUUCUGAUCCCUCCUGAGGCUCUUGAGUUACUUUGGUCCCCCUUGGGCACUGCACGUCUUCUCAGUCUAAACUACCUCACCCCACAAGCUCUUCUUUAAGGGCUGGAAAAUACCUUAUUUAUUACAAAAAAAGGAAUGGACCUCAACCAUCAGGUUGCUGGGUUCUGCACUGAGGACCUCAACUGUGUUUAUUCCACCGCUUCCUCCCACAUCGCCCUGAAUAGAUGUUAUCCCACCCUGUGGUUGAAGGCUGGAAUCCAAAGGAGAAACACUGGCGCUGGGAAAGACUUGCAGGAGUCUCUUGUUCGGUCCCUUCAAGGGAAGAAGUGUUUGCAAGGGCUGAGAAUGGCCUGGAUGUAUCAGAAUAUAAAAAGAGCCUCAGGGAGCUUUCAGAAGGUGCAGCCCAAGUAAGCAGAAGAAGGAGAUCUCAACACACAUAAGACAAAUCCUGUUGGUCUUCCAGCUGCUGAGGCGAAACAUGAUUUGCCCACCCUGGAGAACUGCCCCGGGAAAUGCCGGCAGGAGGGGUUGCCCAGGUGACCUUUGAGCCUCCCCUGGUCUGCAUCCUCCUGAAGGAGGAGGAGGAGCUCACGGAGAACCCGCACGGCGCACCUGGAGGUGGGGAUGGAGAACUACGAGCUGGUCACUUCUCUGGGCUACCCGGUUCUCAAACCUGACCUCCUGUCUCGGAUUGAGCGCGCAGGAGAGCAGUGUGUCGGUGACCAACUGGACUCCAGCCGAGGGAUUCCAACAGAUCCCUGCCCAGGCUACCGUUUUUUCAAGCCUGAGAGUUUGUCGUGGAUCGAGCGGUGGGAAGAGCUUGGCGUCACAGACCGGCAGAAGCUGGAGGAAGGCAAGCUGUGCACCGGAUCCUGUCAAGGAGCAGUAGCAGCAGCCGCCCGCGGCAAGGCCAUCAAGGAAGAGGAGGGCGGCCAGAAGGGCUUUGUGGCCAGCUUGGAGCGCUACCAGCUCUUCCCCGACAGCUCCCGGGCCGGGCUCUUCCUGGCACCCAACAGCGCCCAGCUGCGGAACCAGCCCCGGGUCAAGAAGGAGGAGGCCGCCUCCUGUGAGCCCAGCCUCUGUGGGCCCGGGCGCCCCUCCCAGGGCCUGGGCUCGGGCCCCUUCGCCUGCGUGGUCUGCGGCAAGUGCUUCCGGCAGAAGCAGGGCCUGAUCACGCAUGGGCGCAUCCACACUGGCGAGAAGCCCUACCCGUGCCUGGAGUGCGGGAAGCGCUUCCGCCAGCGCCCCAACCUGCUGACCCACCAGCGGGUGCACACGGGCGAGCGCCCCUUCCCCUGCCUGCGCUGCGGGAAGCGCUUCAGCCAGAAGGCCAACCUGGCGGCUCACCAGCGCACCCACGCGGUGCAGGAGGGGCUCAUCGCCCCGGAGCCCAAGGUGUCGGUCCCCCGAGGCAGCCGCCAGACGGAGAAGCCCUUCCCGUGCAACGUCUGCGGGAAAAGCUUCAGCCAGCGGCCCAACCUCAUCACCCACCAGCGCAUCCACACCGGGGAGAAGCCCUUCGCCUGCACCGAGUGCGGGAAGCGCUUCAACCAGCGGGCCAACCUCAUCACCCACCGCCGCAUCCACUCGGGCGAGCGCCCCUUCCCCUGCGCCACCUGCGGCCGGCGCUUCAGCCAGAAGGGCAACCUCGCCGCCCACCAGCGCACCCACUCCCAGCAGCGGCCCCACGCCUGCUCCUGCUGCCCCAAGCGCUUCAAGGGCGAGUCUGCCCUGCGGGCCCACCAGAGAACCCACCGGCAGGUCUUGGGCACCGACCCCCUGACAGGGGCCCUCUUGGCCGUCCCCAGCCUUCAGCAGCAGCAGCAACAACAACAACAACAGCAGCAGCAGCAGCAACAACAACAACAGCAGCAACAGCAACAAGCUGCCUUGGCUGGUGAUGCCUCUACCGCUGCACAGCGGGCUACGCCAGCUCCCCGCCCAGAUCUCCCCAGCGACCCCACUCCGGGCAUCCACCGGGCCCCUCACGGGGGGCAGAGCCUCCCCACUGACCCUCCCCAGCCUGGUGGCCCCCACACCGCAGGCCCAGCCGGGCUCCUCCAGGGAGUGGCGGCCCCCAGUCCCGAUCAGGGGCCCAAGCUCAGCGCCUCCCUGGCCGUGAUGGAUCCCCACGUGGAGAUGCUGCACUGCCAGCGCCGGCUGAGCCUGCCCGCGCUGCCCACCUCCAGCGCCCAUUCCGUGGUGCCCAUGGGGCAGCCCCAGCCGAUCACUUCAAAGCCCAAGGGGAUGGCCGGCCCCCGGCUCUCCACGGUGGACGGGCCGCCCAGCGAGAUGCUCCACUGCCUCUGCCACGCCAGCAGGGCCUCCCUGGUCAUUCCUCACCCACCGCACCUGGGGCAGCUCCAGGCGGGCGGCAGGGACGCCCCCGGCCGGGCUUGGCUGGGCAUCCCCUGCCCGGCUCGCACCCUACAGCUCCCGCAGGGGGGGCAGGGCCAUCCGGUGGCCCCCAACCCAAGACUGUGCUCCAUCCCGGACUCCCUGCGGUAGCUCCCCAAGAGAGGACGGGCACUGUGCAAGUGCAGCUGUGGGGCCACCCACCCUUCCCAACCUUCCUGGCAUCACAGGGGGCUCGGCCGUGGGGCUCAUGCAUGUACCGUGGACAGGGAAGCCCUCUGCCUCCCCACGCCCCGCUUGGGACACAUACCUAUGGGCCCCCUCUGAUCUUCCUCAUCUAACGUAGGACUCACGUGGCCGAUGGGCAACAGCAGAGGUGCCCGGUGUGGAGCAGGCGCCGCCCCACAGAAGCUUGCACAGGUUGAAUAUAUUGUGCCAAGUAUAUUUCAUCAUCCCAACUCCGCCCCAUCUCUCCUGUCCCUUCCCCAAGAACCCACAGGACCCUUUCACUCCAUUGUGUGCCCAGGUCCCGAUUUCAUCAUGCAAGGAAGCCCAGAACUUGGGAGCUUCUUCGGCCUCCCACUUUGAAAUCCUGUCCCUCCAAGACCCUCUGUUUCCUUGAGGAGAAAGAUGACUUUGGGGCCCUUUGGCCUUUCAGCGUGCCUGCCACACUCUGAGCAACAUGGGAAACCACGUCUGGACACGUAUGUUAUGACAGCUGCAGGAGGCUUCUUGCCAGUGCCCAUUGUAAAGGUGGCACUCUCUGGAAACUGUCAGUUGGCACCCAAACCGCUUGAUGUUCAAAUGGACAGGAGCAACGGCCCCAAGCAUCUUCUGUGUUGCAUGAGCAUUUGGGUACUUGAAAGACCCCUUUUCUGACAGACCCUGGCUCCUUUUCCUCAUGGAUCCAUGCAAAAAGUGGAUGGAAAUGGCCCGCUAUAGGGGAAACGUGCAGUUUGGGACCGAACCACAACGGCUCUGUUUUGGAUGUGGAACUCUAGUUCUAGAGGAAAGGAAAGCGGGGAGAGUGACACAGAAAAUAGGGUGAACUAGUGUCAAGGUAUAAACGGCACAAACCCCCCCCCCCCCCCAUAAAUCCCAUCGGAAUCCUCCUUGAGCUCCAUGGGAGGCAAAGAAGACUCCAAAGAGGGAAAGUAUGAGGAAGGCCUACCAUAUUGAUUCUACCUUUGUAUCACUUUGGGAGGGGGCUUAAAGGAAAAGAGAGGUGGGGAUGGUGUUGGGGGAUAACGCUCUCAUGCUUCAAAAGCAACAGAGUUCCUGGAGGAUUUGUUUGUGGGCAGGUGAGGGAUAGAAGAAGCAAACCUUCCUCCAGUUGUCAAGGACAACCGAACCCCCUCCCUUCCCUUUCUUAGCCCGAUGUGACCAUCCUGCCAGCUCUGGGCCAAGGCCAAGCUAUGGGCAGUGCAAGGGCUUCCCUCCUGAACCCGCUUCCUCUCCGAGGCCUGGUUCUGCAAGUGGCCUCCAAGUGUCUUGGAAGGUGAGGGAGAGAAGCAUUGACCAAAGAGGAGGAGGAUGGGCAGAGGGGACCGGGAAGCCAUGGCCAGAGGUGGAUGGGAGUGGGAGAGGUGGGCGGGCAGGAGACGCAGCAGAAGCACUUUACAGAAGAUUCCUUCCCCCGUUGUAAGCAAUGAGCCCCCGGCCCCUCUCCAGCCCUGCCAAUCCAAUGACCUGGCUGCCUUGCUUCCCCGGUCUCAGCCCCAGGGGCUCAUGACGGUCUCUGUAGCCCCGUUCCUUCCCUGUGAUGGAGGGGCUCCCAAAGCAGCACCUUUCGGGUGAGGGGUCUGCCCUCCCUGCUCAGAGGGGCCUUCCGGUGCAGGGGGAGUCCGUGCCUUAAGUGCCCAGUUCUACAAGGAGUGGGGCAGGAGGGGCUCGCUUUGUGGGGGGAGAAUCUAGGGCUGGACAUGCACAGGUUCGGUGGGUCUAGUUGGUGAGUCGGGGGCCUUUGGAGAAGGGGACCAACACGUUAUGGGCCCAACACAUUUCAAGUUGUCUUUCUUAAGCCCAACACAGACUCUGCUGGGAGAACCCUAGCCUGAGGUAGUUAUCCUGCACCAGAGGAGAAGGGCAUGAUAUUCUCCAGUAUGAAGAUUCCUCUCAAGAAAAUGCAAGAGAGAGGGGGUUCCCUGGGGUCCUCCACAUUCUAAAGUGCCAUGAAGUGGACUUGCAGGGGAAUCUUGCAGAGGAAAGGCCAGGAGAUCCACGUUGUCCUGAGUUAGAGCCAUUGUAGGAACGGCCAUCCAUUCAGCAUACAGUACAGGGGGGCGAGGAUCUGACUGUCUGCUGGUGCAGCUCGCUUUCCCAUAGGACUGUGUGCAGGAGAGUUGAGGAGGAGGCGGGAGGAAGGAGACGGAAUAGGUAGUUUCCUGAGAGCUUCUUUGGUGUGGAAAAGGGGAAAUCUACUUUUGGUGGAAGGAGGCUCCAGCCCAGCCCCUGUGUAUAUGUGGGAGAGGGGGCUACGGUCAUUCUGUGAUGUUUGCCAAUGUUGCCCUCACGCUCACUUGCCCCUUUUCUGCAUUUCAAGGCGGGGUAUGUGUGUUGGUGUUGAUGAGGCCAGGACCUAUCCACCGCUACAGCAGGCCUCUAAGGUGACUGCAUUGCCUGGAAGGAAGGAACAUUUGCUUCCCAGGGGAAAGGAUUCCUUCUUCCCUUCCUUCCUGUUUGUCAUGCGCUCCUAGGACUUCUGUGGGAGAAGGAAAGGGUGGUUGGUGCCGCCUUGGCCAACGCCAGUCUUCAGUGUCCUGAGGAAGUCCGCUCUGGUCACCCCUUUCUAACCUGAGUCGGACGCCCCGGAGCAGACGGAGGGAGGGAGUCCUGUCCUUGCAGUAACUGGACGAGGCAGCUGCCUCAGUGCCUUGGUUCCCUCUGAGCUGAUGUGGAUCUUCCUUUGGGAGAAGAAAGCCCUUCCCUGCCGAGGGGGACGAUGGGCGUCCGCCUCGCAGCGUACCUUGCUUGCCCCUGCUUGCUUGCGUUGUCCCCGUGGAGCUCGCUCCCCUGUAAGUAGCUUCCCAAAGUGCACUUGCUCUUUCGCUUGUAGCCCAGCUUUCUUGAGGGGUGACAAUUGGGGUGGGGUGGGGUGACAGUCCUGCCAGGGUUGGGCUUCCUGGGCUCCAUCAAGCCUUACGGAUAUCACCUCUUGACCGGAAACCGAAAGCUUGAGUUGGCCUCAGAGGCCUAAGGAGCUCUGAAUCUGCUGUUACAUUCAGUGGCAUCUGGUUCUGACCAGCAUUACAUGAAUCUGGACCAGUUGAUCCAGGAAGAGAAAACUCAGUCCCUCCUCACAAAGCUAAGCCAGUUGGUAGCCACUUUGGCGUCUGUGGCCAAGGCCGUCUGGAUUUCAAGGCUGACGUCAGAAUUGGCUUUCCCGUUCCAGUUGCAGCUGACCAUUGCUCUUUUGGGUGAAAAUGUUAAAAGAUUAAAUAUACCGUACAUACCCAUGUAUAAGUGGAGGGCAGGUUUGGGGCUCAAAAAUUAUGGUUUUUCUGUGACCUGUGUAUAAGUCGAGGGCCUUUCUUCAGAGGGGGGAAAGCACCAUUGCCAGUUUCCACUUUUCUGCCCAAACAUUCACAAAGGGCAGAAAGUGGAACCUUGGCAGAGAGAGUAAAAUGGGCAGAUACUUCUUGGAGGUUCUUCAGGUGCAGACUAAGCUCUUGCCUUUCAGGACUCGACUCCAAGAAGAGGAUGGCUCCUUUUCUGAUAAGAGUUAAGAUACAGUUCUUGAAUUGUCCUGUGGAUGAAUCCACCCAGGUCUUUGGGAUUUAUUUUUUGACUAAAAUUCCUAGACUUAUACAUGGGUAUAUGGGGUACAUUUUCUUCCAGAAGAAUACUGAAUACUGAAGAAUUCUCUGUAUUCUUCAGUAACUUAGACAAGGCUGAGAACGGAGGGAGCCAUCAAGGUUCCUGCUGUAUUUUGUGGAGGCAGGUGUGUGUUGGUGCAAGUACGCAGUCUACACACGGAGGGAGAGGCUCAUUGUGGCACUUGAUGCCUCCUUGCCCCCACCAUUCCCAAAAACGUCCAGGUGGCUGGGAAACAGACAUAUGUCUACAGAGUUCUGCUUUUGUAGAUCAGGAAUGUAAUACAACUGUGAUUGAUAGGCUUUUCUCUUUGGCCACACAGAAUCACAAUGGGAUUUGUGGGCAUCACAGACACAGCCCAGCACUGAUCAGCUGGGAAGGUGCUUGCAAUCUGGGUGCAAUAGUGAUGAUUCCCUGACAUGGCCUCUGCACAUUGGGUUCAUUCAGCCAAAUUUCUGUAUUAAUUUGCCUGAGCCUUUGGGGUGCCCGUGAGAGGAGGUGCCUGCAAGAGUGGCCCUUGCAGCGUCCUGUGCUAUGACAACGAACCAUCCUUGAGUAACCCAUUGUGUUCUGAAACGAUCUUUCAGUCUUCCCGAUGCACCUGCUGCCAACCCGGUUCCAUUGGAGCCACUCACUCUGCGAGACUUUCAUUUGGACGAAGGGGGUUUCAGGAAACUUCUGCCAAGAGAGGAUUGCACCAGGUGCAGUCUGACACCCACCAAAACACACCUGCGAGGCUUUGAAGGAACGUGGCUCCUGCGGGUGGCCAGGUGAGACAUGGACCCGCCAUCUGCCAUUUUGGGGUGGCCUCUUUCCUAGGAAGCUGCCCACCUGCCCUUGUGCCUGCCGCCCCCCCUUCUGCCCUUUCCCCCCGAGCCGCUCCUCAAGAGACAUCCGUAGCUUCAUCCCAUUAACCAGACUGGCCCCUUAGGGCUAUUCCAGAUGUAUUAUUAUAAUGAUUAUGUUUUAUUAUUUUCUGAGCUAUGUUUGUUUGCAAUAAAGGCUUUCUUACAGUU